UAGAUUUUUGUUUGCUGGAGAUAAGUGUUGAAAUGGAGCAGUUAAAGAGAGGAAUAUCAAGGCAAUUCUCAACAGAGCUGUUUAGGAAGAGUGGAAAAUUCAGUUUCAAGAGGCAGAGUUCAUUGGAUCCAAGGAGGAACAAUUUGAGGUUCAGUUUUGGGAGGCAGUCAUCGCUUGACCCGCUUCAAAGGAGCCCUUCGAUUGAAAAUGCUGGGAGAACUGUGCCAGAGAAUCUUGAUUCGACGAUGCAGCUGUUAUUCAUGGCGUGUAAAGGGGAUGUGAAGGGAGUUCAGGACUUGUUGGAUGAAGGUAUUGAUGUGAAUAACAUCGAUUUGGAUGGAAGGACUGCUCUUCAUAUUGCUGCCUGUGAAGGCCAUGUGGAAGUUGCCAAGCUAUUGUUGAGUAGGAAGGCUAAUAUGAAUGCGCGUGAUCGGUGGGGUAGCACGGCGGCAGCUGAUGCCAAACACUAUGGUAAUGCUGAAGUUUACGAAAUGUUGAAGGACCGUGGAGCCAAAGUCCCGAAAGUCAGAAAGACGCCAAUGGCUGUAGCAAAUCCACGAGAAGUUCCAGAAUAUGAACUUAACCCUCUGGAGCUUCAAAUCCGCAAAAGUGAUGGAAUCUCCAAGGGUUCAUAUCAAGUUGCCAAAUGGAAUGGAACGAAAGUUUCGGUAAAAAUACUUGACAAGGAUAGCUAUAAAGAUCCUGAAAGCAUAAACGCUUUCAAACAUGAAUUAACUUUGCUAGAAAAAGUGCGGCAUCCAAAUGUAGUUCAGUUUGUUGGAGCAGUUACACAAAAUAUACCUAUGAUGAUAGUCUCAGAGUAUCAUCCAAGGGGUGAUCUAAGUAGCUAUCUUCAGAAAAAGGGACGUAUAUCUCCUUCUAAGGCGCUUAAAUAUGCUCUUGAUGUCGCUAGGGGUAUGAACUACCUUCACGAAUGCAAACCAGACCCAAUUAUACAUUGUAAUCUAAAUCCAAAAAAUAUUUUGCUUGACAAUGGAGAUCACCUGAAAGUUGCCGGAUUUGGUCUGAUUAAAUUGUCAAAAAUUUCACCUGACAAAGCAAAGUUGGUGCAGCCGGAGGGUUUUGAUCGUUCAAGUCCCUAUGUGGCACCUGAGAUUUAUAAAGAUGAAAUAUUUGACCGGAAUGCGGACAUAUAUUCAUUUGGCAUUUUACUCUAUGAGAUGCUGGAGGGAACACCUCCUUUUAAUACCAAGUCUCCUGAAGAGGCUACCAGAUUGAUGUGCUUAGAAGGCCAAAGACCAGCAUUCAAAUCAAAAUCCAAAUAUCCUCCAGAGCUUAGAGAGUUGAUUGAAGAAUGUUGGGAUCCAGAACCUUUUGUACGGCCAACAUUUUCUGAGGUCAUUGUGCGGAUGAAUAAAAUAUUUGCUAACUCCUCGAAACAAGGAUGGUUGAAAGAUACUUUUAAACUUCCUUGGUAA